AUGAAGGGGCGGAUGGAGAAAGAAGCUCGAAGCCCUUCACCAGAACCUGAAGACCUGGACUGCGGUCGCCCCGAGCCCUCUACCAGAAUCGUGGGGGGCGCCGACGCGCAGCCGGGCAGCUGGCCGUGGCAGGUGAGCCUGCACCAGGGCGGGGGCCACGUCUGCGGGGGCUCCCUCAUCGCCCCGUCCUGGGUCCUGUCCGCUGCGCACUGUUUCGUGAGCCGCUUCGCUCACGGCACCGCCUGCUGGGCCACCGGCUGGGGGGACGUGCAGGAGGCGGACCCCCUCCCUCUCCCCUGGGUGCUGCAAGAAGUGGAGCUAAGGCUGCUGGGAGAAGCUGCCUGUCAGUGUCUCUAUAGCCGACCGGGCCCCUUCAACCUCACUUUUCAGCUAUUGCCGGGGAUGCUGUGUGCUGGCUACCCAGAGGGCCGCAGGGACACCUGCCAGGGAGACUCAGGGGGGCCCCUGGUCUGUGAGGAACAUGGACGGUGGUUCCAGGCGGGAAUCACCAGCUUUGGCUUUGGCUGUGGGCGAAGGAACCGGCCGGGAGUCUUCACUGCUGUGGCUCCCUACGAGGCAUGGAUCCGGGAAAAGGUGAUGGGCUCAGAGCCUGGGCCUGCCUUUCCAACCCAGUCCCAGGGGCCCGACUCAGGCCCCUGGGAGCCCAUGGAUGAAAACUGCACCAUCGCCCUGCCAGUGUGCGGGAAGGCCCCGAGGCCAGGGGCCUGGCCCUGGGAGGCUCAGGUGAUAGUGCCAGGAUCCAGACCCUGCCACGGGGCACUGGUGUCUGAAAGCUGGGUCUUGGCACCUGCCAGCUGCUUUCUGGAGACCCAGCUCACAAAGCACGUGCCGCCGCCCGGAGACCCGCCGCACGCGCUCUGCCCCGCCUACCAGGAGGAGGAGGAGGCGGGCCGCUGCUGGAACGACUCCAGUUGGAGCCUUUUGUGCCGGGAGGAGGGGACCUGGUUCCUGGCUGGAACCCGAGGUUUCUCCAGUGGCUGCCUGCGUCCCAGAGCCUUCCACCCUCUUCAGACCCACGGCCCGUGGAUCAGCCAUGUGACUCGGGGAGCCUACCUGGAGGACCAGCUGACCUGGGACUGGGGCCCUGAGGGGGAGGAGACUGAGACACAGACUUGCCCUCCCCACACAGAGCAUGGUGCCUGUGGCCUGCGGCCAGAGCCCGCUCCAGUGGGGCUCUUGUGGCCCUGGCUGGCAGAAGUGCAUGUGGCCGGUGAUCGAGUCUGCACUGGGAUCCUCGUGGCCCCAGGCUGGGUCCUGGCAGCCACUCAUUGUGUCCUCAGGCCAGGCUCUACAACAGUGCCUUAUAUUGAAGUGUACCUGGGCCGGACAGGGGCCAGCCCCCUCCCGCAGGGCCACCAGGUAUCCCGGUUGGUCAUCAGCAUCCGCCUGCCCCGGCACCUGGGACUUCGGCCCCCGCUGGCCCUCCUAGAGCUGAGCUCCCGGGUGGAGCCUUCCCCUUCAGCCUUGUCUAUCUGCCUUCACCCAGGGGGUGUCCCCCUGGGGGGCAGCUGCUGGGUGUUGGGCUGGAAGGACCCCCAGGACCGAGUCCCCGUGGCUGCUGCUGUCUCCAUCUUGACACCACGACUCUGUCACUGCCUCCAUCAGGGUAUUCUGCCCCCUGGGACUCUCUGUGUCCUGUAUGCAGAGGGGCAGGAAGACAGGUGUGAGGUGACCUCUGCGCCUCCGCUCCUGUGCCAGAGUGAGGGAGGCUCCUGGGUCCUCGUGGGCAUGACUAUUAGAGGGAGCCGGGAGCUGUUUGCCACCAUUGGCCCUGAAGAGGCCUGGAUCUCCCAAACAGUGGGAGAGGCCCAUUUCUUGCCCCCCAGUGGCUCCCCCUACUGGCCACCUGAAGGCAGCAACCUCUGUCCUCUGGACAUGGCUGGGGCCUCAGGCUCCACUCCUGCUGCUCUGUUCCUGCUGCUACUGACCUCCCUGAUUCAGGGCUGAGGGGUCUGACUCCCUGACCACCAACCACCUCCCCUUCUCCUUCCCCACCCCCUCCAGCCCUCCAUUUGCCUCCCAGUGGGGUUGGAAUGUGACUUAACCGGCUUUCAAUCCCUUUGCCAGAACCUCCAGAGCUUCCCACCCACCUACAAAGGCUUCAGAUAAUUGGGCCUCAGUGCCUGGAUAUUUUGGGCCCUGGAACCCUUGGGGGCAGCAAAAGUGGACAAUAAAGGUGUAAACAAAGA